AUGGGGACUGCUAUGGGGAAGCAAGGAAAAUCCAGAGCACCCUUGCUGACUGUGCUUCCCCAGCUCCUCCUGGGGCUGACUGUGCUUCCCUUCAGCACCAUUCGGUCUGUAGAGAGCUGCUGGUAUUUUGGAGAUGACUUCUGUAGGCUGCACACAUUUCUGGACACAGUCUUUUGCUUGACCUCCAUAUUUCAUCUAUGUUUCAUUUCCAUUGAUCGGCACUGUGCUAUCUGUGAACCUUUGCUCUACCCCACCAAGUUCACCAUCAAAGUGGUCUCCAUUUACAUUGGGGUGGGGUGGGCAGUGCCUAUGACUUAUAGCUCUAUCCUCCUCUAUACUAAAGCGAUCGUAGAAGGACUGGACCAUUUCUUGAAAGACAUGCCCUGUAUUGGUAGUUGUCAGCUGCUGUUCAACAAGCUCUGGGGGUGGUUGAACUUCCCAGUAUUUUUCUUCCCUUGCAUAGUAAUGAUAGUUUUGUAUGUAAAAAUAUUUACUGUGGCUAACAAACAAGCCAGGCUGACAAACAACAUGAGUAAAAGUACUUUGUCUCAGCUACACGUGGGAGCAUCUAAGAGUGAAAGAAAGGCAGCAAAGGCUCUUGGGGUAGCUGUAGGAGUCUACCUCCUGUGUUGGUUUCCCUUUACUAUUGACACUAUGGUAGACAGUCUUCUGGAUUUCAACCCCCCAGCUCUGUUUGACAUCCUUAUUUGGUUUGCUUACUUCAAUUCUGCCUGCAAUCCCUUGAUCUAUGUAUUUUCCCACUGCUGGUUCAGGAAAGCUGUAAAACUAGUCUUUUAACUCAUGGGAUCUUUUUCUCCAGAACAUCUAAGUAGACAUGUACCAGCAAUGACCAAAGCUUUCAUGUGCACUGUAGAAAAUAUUGUAGGCUAUUUCAUACAUAUAGAUUCUCAUGAAUAUUCUUCAACAUCCAUUUAGCUAGUAUUUCUUUUCUUAUUUUGUAACAUUUUUUAACAGUUGGCUCGGGCACAUCCGCAAUUUAAAUACACAUGCCAUUCUGUGACUCACCUUCCACAACACACAGCAGACACACCUUAUUAAGGUCUUGCACUAUGUGAUUCCAACAAGCGUUUGAAAAUUAGCUGUAGCCAACUCCAAAGAAGACCUUGUCCAUACUAUUCUUCAGUUACACCACUAUUUUUUACACUAUUUUUCUAGCCCAAGGGAUGCGCCCCUGUGCCAAAGGCUACAUAUGGGAGAUACUAUUCUGAAUUAGUGUUUACUGAAACCCAUAGAAUGUGUGCCUGCUUGAUCUGUGUGUGCAAGGAGGACACUCCUUAAGUAUGAACACCCUUUUCGCCUUGCUCUGUAUCUUUUCUACUCCUACUGCAUAAAGGCCGGGAGAAGAAACGGGAAGAGGACAUAGAAUGCACAGCAUACCCCAACUCCAGAUACCAGUAGGUGUCAUGAUGUUUUAUGGUUUAUUCUUUUGUCUUCUUUUCCCUGACAAUCCUGAGACUCCACAUGCUCUUUUGUUUGCUUGCUUCCAAAGAAAUGAGUAUGUCUGCUUACAGACACAACAUAUGCCUACACACUUGGGUUGUGCAAAAAAUGCCAGCAUAGGUUCUCAGUUUACAUCAGCUAUCUUUAUAUGCUUUCACAAGGCCAAUUUUAAAUCUGUAGAUGCUGGUAAAUUGAGACCUCUGUUUAACAGCAAGCUGCAUGGUGAAGUUCUGUACUAUUCAUAAGAAAGUUAUUUUCUACCUCAUUAUUAUUAACAUUUUAUCAGAAAAAAAAAGUGCUAAGCAGUAGUGACUCUUCUAUACAAAAUUAAUAAGCAGCCAAAUAGCAGCUCUAAUAAUUUUGUCUUCUUUUUCUGUUAAUGGUAUGUAAAACUGUUCUAGGUUUGAAAGUUGUUAAAAUAUUUAGUGCCUUCUAAAACAGCUCAUUCCAUCUCGUAGUCAGCUGCAUAUUUUCUGAGUGACAAACACAAAGAGAACAGACAACAGAAAGCAUGCAACUAACAGUAAGAAACCAGCAGAUGCCCCAUGGCCUACUGAAAAAAG